AAAGAGAAUAUAAUCUUAUUAUUAGGUUUUGCUGCUUUUGCUCGGAUUCAUCAUUUAUUUUAGCCUGGGAAACCCAUCGCGGUCACGCCCAGGUUAAAAAGCGCCUCGUCCCGCUUACAAACACGACAUGCCCUCUCUCUCUCUCUCUCUCUCUCUCUCUCUCUCUCUCUCUCUCCCUUCUUUAUGUGAGUUGAGUGUGGGUUUCAGAGCUGAAGGAACAGGGAACCUUUUCCGUGCGAAGCGGAACUGAUUAAUUUGGAGAGAAGCAAUUGAAGCUUGUCUGGUCCUCUCGGUGUUUGCACGAGACGGGAAGAAGCAAUAUAGAUAUAUAGAUAAAAGGGUCUUCAAAGUGCAAAUUUGUUAGCGUGAAAUUUGAGGUGCGUUAGAGGUUAGUUGCUGCGGCGGCUGCUAGAUCCCAUCCACCGAUUAAUGGAGACGUUCGUCGCGCCGUCGUCUCCGCUGGAACCGUCGGCGUCGGCGUCGACCGUGGACGAGCUCACCAUGCAGCAGAGCCUUCUCUUCUCUGAUAGCCUCGAGGAUUUGAAGACGCUGCGGUCGCAGCUGUACUCAGCAGCAGAGUAUUUCGAGUCCACUUACACCAACGACGAUCAGAAAGAGAUGUAUGUAGUGGUGAACACCUUGAAGGAUUAUGCAGUAAAGGCUCUCGUCAACACCGUAGAUCAUCUGGGAUCCAUAUCAUUCAAGGUCAACGGUCUUCUCCACCGCAAGUUUGAUGAGGUCUCUGAGACGGAGCUUCGGGUUUCUUGCAUUGAGCGGAGAAUUCGGACGUGUCAGGAGCAUACGGAUCGACAAGGCCUUUCUCAACAGUCUCUAGUGAUCACAGCCCCCAAGUUCUACAAGCGAUACACUUUACCCGUUGGCGGAUCCAUGCCCGAGUCUGGAAGCCAGGCUGUGCCGAAGCAUCAAGAGUUGGAUAGAUUUCAGGAUAGUGCCGAAGCUCAUCAGUUUCAGGCUGAAAUUCGACAAAAAACAAAAGACAAACCACCUUCAUUCAGGAAGCUGCGAUCUAUUCGUAUUAAACACUCCCAACGUGCUCGUUCCUCAUCACCAGCUCAAAAAGUUCGUUCUCAGUCACCGUCCUCACAACCUGCAAAAGUUGCAGGUGGAGAUAAAAGAGCAGACUCACCAAUCCCAACCUCGAAUCCAGUCACACAUUCAGGAUCGAUCGUUAGAAAACCUUCAUUGCUCAAAUCAUCGAGCGUCGGAGUGCAGUAUCCUUCGGAGACCCAGAAGUUGGCAUCAAUGCGUUUACAUGCGGAAAGAACGGAUGAUAAAGAUGGUAAGCAGAACCCGAACAAGGGCAGGAAGUUCCUCAAAUCCUUGCUUAGUCGGCGCAAGUCCAGGAAGGACGAGAUGCUGUAUAGUUACUUGGACGAAUACUGAGGCACCGGGAUUUGGAGAUAGACAUACGGGAAGGCGAUGGAUUUGUUCACCUAUCUUCCCCUCACACUCCUCGUUAUCUUUCUGUAUUUAUACCUUUCAGUCAACAGAAGAUUUUUUUUUUUUUUUUCCUCCACAGUGAAAAGCUGAUUGAUAUGAGACUCGAUCUAUGAACAUCUUAGUGACUCUUACUUACUGGUAAGUCUGUAUCAUGGCAGAUUAUACAACCCGCACAUUACGUAUUCCGAUCAAUUCAAUACUUUCUAAUUGAGUA